AUGCUUUUAUCCGAAAGCAGCGGUGGUAUGUACAUCAAUACCUAAACCUUCCAUUAAUAUGAAUUGCGUAAGUUUCACUCUGCUUUUCGUCUUGAUUUCGAAUUCGGUAGCAGAACCUGAGUAUACUACACCGGGUGGUAUACUGAACACAAACUGUCAUAAAGGCUGCACUGAAGUCGUUGUCCAUGAAUCUAACUGCAGUCCAGUUUGCAACAUUAAGCGUUACGAACGUUGCGUCCUGGAUCCUCGAACACCAGAACCCACAUGUGGCUCUCAAAAUGUGUCUUCUGCAAUUCCAUCGGAACUGAAACGUCCUUAUGUUUGUCGCUGUCAUCCUUGUCUUUACAGAGACAAGAAUGAAAUUUGUGUUCCGCAGUGCCCAGAAGCUGAAGGUGAAGCUUGAGUUCUGCAAACCUUCAUAAAGGAACUUCUGCGAAAGAUUUUGUAUUAUCUUAUUUCGAAGCGCUUACAAAUAAAAUUGAU